UCCUCCUCCUUCCUCUGUUUUCUUUCACUUUGUUUGUUUGGUUAUUUUGUUCGUUUCCUCCAACCCUGAGAGACCCCUCACUAUUUGGGAUCUAAACUCAUUUCAGCAACCUUCAAUUCCACAGAUCGCCGCCGGAUCAUCAUCCUUCAUUCAAUCUUUACCCAUUCAGUUUCUUUUCUUUUUCACGAACCAACGCUUCCGCCGCCCUCGAUUUCACUGCAUCUCUCGAAUGCUUUAACGGCAAGAACUGUGGAUGGGUCUUUUCUUCUUCCUGUUCUUCCAUCUGGGUUUGUUUUGAAAUUUCAUUUUCUGGGUUGUAUUUUGAUUAUGCUGCUGAACACGCUGAAUCUGAGCGUUUUGGGUUUGAUUAUCGCAUUCAGACUCUGAGCUCUUCCCCUGUUCUUCUUUUUCUUCUGCUACUCUUCGAAUAGGCGAAUCUGUUCGUUCUUUUCAAUCAAGGAAGCUGUAUUUUCGGCGAUUUUAAGGCAUUCAAAUGAAAGAAGCAGAGAAAAGCUUAGAUCCUCAACUAUGGCAUGCCUGUGCGGGAGGCAUGGUCCAGAUGCCUGCAAUUAACUCCAAGGUUUUCUACUUCCCUCAGGGCCACGCCGAGCACGCUCAGGCCACCGUCGAUUUCACCUCCUCACUCAGAAUCCCGCCUCUUAUUCUUUGUCGAGUGCUCGCCGUUAAGUUCUUGGCUGACCCUGAAACGGAUGAAGUUUUUGCCAAUGUAAGUUUGGUUCCACUGGCGAACAACGACCUCAAUUUCGAGGAAGAGGGUGGUUUUGGGGGUAAUGGGUCGGAUAAUAACAUGGAGAAGCCGGCUUCCUUUGCCAAGACGUUGACCCAAUCCGAUGCUAACAACGGCGGUGGAUUCUCGGUUCCGAGAUACUGUGCGGAGACGAUAUUUCCGCGACUGGAUUAUACGGCGGAUCCGCCGGUUCAGACGGUGAUUGCUAUGGAUGUUCACGGUGUGGUUUGGAAGUUCCGGCAUAUUUACAGGGGAACACCUCGCCGGCAUUUAUUAACUACUGGGUGGAGUAGUUUUGUGAAUCAGAAAAAACUCGUCGCCGGCGAUUCUAUUGUUUUUCUAAGAUCCAAACAUGGCGACCUCUGCGUCGGGAUCCGGCGAGCCAAACGGGCAAUUGGGUGUGCCGCCGAUCACCCAUAUGGCUGGAAUCCCGGCGGUGGAAAUUGUUUCCCACCAUGUGGUGGAUUGACGAUGUUUCUGAGAGACGAAGACAACAACAAGUUGAGUAGAAAAGGGUCUGUAAGUUCCAGUGGUGGCGGUGGGAAUUUGAGGGGAAAAGGCAAAGUAAGGCCGGAAUCAGUGAUCGAAGCAGCGGCGCUUGCGGCGAGUGGGCAGCCAUUUGAGGUGGUUUAUUACCCUCGUGCCAGCACGCCGGAGUUCUGUGUCAAGGCUUCAUCGGUGCGAGCUGCCAUGAGGAUCCAAUGGUGCUCUGGUAUGAGAUUCAAAAUGCCAUUUGAAACAGAGGAUUCUUCUCGGAUCAGUUGGUUCAUGGGAACCACUUCCUCUGUUCAAGUAGCUGACCCAAUCCGCUGGCCUAAUUCUCCAUGGCGGCUCCUCCAGGUGACAUGGGAUGAGCCAGAUUUGCUACAAAAUGUGAAGCGGGUUAGCCCAUGGUUGGUCGAGCUCGUAUCGAACAUGCCCGUCAUUCAACUAUCACCAUUCUCGUCGCCGAGAAAGAAGUUUCGACUGCCACAGAUCCCAGACAUUCCUCUCGACAGCCAAUUCCCGCUGUCGUCAUCGUCGUCAUCGUUUUCGAGCAAUACCCUUAGGCCAAGCAGUCCCAUGUGUUGUUUAUCUGAUAACACUUCUGUAGGCAUACAGGGAGCCAGGCAUACUCACUUUGGAAUAUCUUUAUCAGAUUUCCAUCUCAACAACAAACUGCAAUUGGGGCUGGUUCCAUCCAGUUUUCAGCAGCUUCAUUUUCACUCUAGAAUUUCCAAUACAGACCAUACUCGGAGCUCAUCGGCAUUGCUUAACGGGGAAAAGACCGGUCCGAAAUUGGAACGAUCCGAUUCGGUGAAGAAGAAGCAUCAGUUUUUACUUUUUGGUCAACCUAUACUUACUGAACAGCAAAUCUGUUGCAGCUCUUCUAGUGACAUUCAUCAAGUUUCUCCAAACAAGUCAGACACCGAACUCGGCCUAGACAUCGGUCACUGCAAGGUAUUCAUGGAGUCGGAAGACGUGGGUCGAACGCUCAACCUUUCAGUCAUCAGCUCGUACGAAGAACUAUACAGGAGGCUAGCCUACAUGUUUGGAAUGGAAAAACCAGACAUUCUUAGCCAUGUCUUGUAUCAAGAUGCAACAGGUGCUGUGAAACAAGCUGGAGACAAACCAUUCAGUGAUUUCAUCAAAACAGCUCGAAGAUUAACGAUUUUAACAGACGAAUCGGGUUCCGACAAGAUGGGAAGAAGGACAUUGAUGGAUGGCGUCCUCAGUGGUGAGAAUGGACGACUAGAUGCCUCAAACAAGACUGGUCCCUUAAGCAUAUUGGCCUAGCGCCUGCGCCUACCCUUUCCUGACUGUGUAAUGAUCUACAGAAUUCUGCUUUGUUUCCUGGGAAAAACACUUCCUCGGAUUUUCAAUCAUUUUAUCAAUCAUGUUCUUGUCUUACUAUGUUUGUCUCAUCAAAUGCAAGUACUGUCUAUAACGUCUAACUGGAUCUAGUUUGAUGCC